AUGCUCUACUGCUCCCUGACCACCUAUGGACCGUGUCAGAGUUCAAAUGUUCUUACAAAUGUUCGUCUGAGCUGGGUGGAUGUGGGAGGAGCUGAACUGCAGAACACCAGCAGCCUCCAGACCAGUGGAGAUCAUCGCUGUAACAUCACACUGACUGAGAAGCUCAGAGCUCCAGACCCCACUCCCACUCAGAGGAGAUGCCAGCUGACUGCAGGAGGAAAAGUUCAGACUUAUGUCUCCCACACAGUCAGCGUUCCAGUGAAACCAACUAGAACUCCAGUGGUGACGAGAGGACCUGCACCACCACGACCAGCAACUCCACCCAAAACACCACCACCACAACCAGCACCAACUCCACCCAAAACACCACCAACAACAACAACAACUCCACCAAAAACACCACCACCACCACAACCAGCAACUCCACAGCCUCCAGCAACUCCACCAAAAACACCACCACCACAACCAGCACCUCCACCCAAAACACCACCACCACGACCAGUACCUCCACCCAAAACACCACCACCACAACCAGUACCUCCACCCAAAACACCACCACCACAACCAGCUCCACCCAAAACACCACCACAACCAGCAUCACCACCACCAGCAAGUCCUCAGCCAUCAAAUCCACCCAAAACAGCAAGCACUCCACCAACUCCAGGUUCUCCAUCUGACAUCAUCUUGCUCGCUGUUCUCAUCACUACUGGGCUGCUGGCUGUUGUGGCUGUUUGUGUUGCAGCACUUCUGGUGAAGAGGGCCAGAGCACGUGGAACCAGAGAUGGAGGACGGACCCCGACAGGCACCGGUGCAGGUGAUGUCCUCUACUCCACUGUGAAUAAAUCAGCUGCUCCUGCCAAGUCUGCUGGUCAUAAGAUGUCCGGAAACGUAACAUAUGCUGAGGUUGCCCACCGUUCUAAAGCACACGCCCUCCCUCCUAACGCCGCAGACAGUGUGACCUACGCCACCGUCAACAUCACCCAUUAGGCCUAAAGCAAGAGGAGACACCAGGAAGAGGAUCUCACAGUUAUUGUGUUUUUGUAGUCACCAUUCAAAUGAAGUUUGUUUGUUCUUUUAGCAAAAUAUUAGUUAAUAUCUUCACUCUUGCACUUUCAGUUUCACUUUGGAGUGAGGAUAUUACUGCGCAGAGUCUAAGUGCUCCCAAUGUUAUGCCGCCACACAUACAGUAGUUAUCACUUUUAGCCUGCUUAGAAAUGCACCACGUUUUAUUUUGUCUCACCAAUUUGCAUAUCUAAACUAGUAGAAAGGUCUCAUGUUGACAAAAGUUUUUGCAACCAGCAGCACCCCUGUUUAUACAUGCAAAUGAUUGCUGUUUUUAUGUGAAUAUGUUAAGUUGAUUUAGAUAUCAGGGAGAGAACACAGAUUCUUUGGUUCUUUCUCUGAUCUCUUCUCUUCUAUUCUGCUCUUGUCUUUGACUGGCUAGACUCUGCCCUGCCUACGCAUCUCUUCUGGAGGAGGCCUGGCUCUCUCUGGUCCCUUUCUCUCUCCCUCUCUCUUUCUCCUCUCCUCUCUUUCUCUCUCUUUGAGGUUUGUUAUUUUCUUUAUGUUUGAUGUAUUGUUUUACCUGAUGUGUUUAACGUCUAACUUGUUUUUAUCACUCUUAAUUAUUUCAAGAUUUUUUUUGUUAUUUGGUUAAGUUUUCUUUGUUCUUUUGUUACAGUAUAUGCCUAUCUGAAUUGGUCUUACAUUCGGCCCUUUAGUCUGAUCAUAUUUUGUUUACUGUGGCACUUCUAAGGUCAAUCUGACCUGUGAUGCAUUCAGUAAAAUA